AUGUCUCCCUCCAACAUCGAGAAGCUAGGGCCGCACUACCAGCCUCCCGAAGCAACUACCGAAAAGAUUGUAGCGUCCCCAGAAGAGAGUUGGCCCACAAAAGAUUUUGGUCUUAUACCAAUCCCGAAAAGGCUCCAAUACGAUCCCCUCAAACCUUUUCACUUUGGCAUCUUUCUCAACGUUUCCUUUGGGUUUGCCAGCACAUUCACUGUCGCUAACUUGUAUUAUUGUCAACCGCUGUUGAUCGAAUUUUCGAAAUCAUUCGAUGUUACAUAUGAAGAGGUUUCACGCAUCCCCACCCUCAUUCAAGCAGGGUAUUUAGUGGGAUUACUUUUGAUAUCCCCCCUCGGCGACCUUGUUCGACGCAGACAACUGGUGUUGCUGCUGGUUGCAAUAUCCACUACUCUAACGAUAGGUUUGGCCGUGACCAAGAAUUUGCGGGUCUUCGAGACCUUGUCCUUCUUGAUCGGCGUUGCAAAUGUCACUCCCCAGAUCUUGAUGCCCCUAGCUGCAGAUCUGGCCCCACCUGAACGCAGAGCGUCUGUAUUGUCUGUGGUAAUCUCAGGUCUUGUGCUAGGCGUCUUGAUCGCUCGUGUCUUGGCUGGCGUCAUAGGUAAUUUUACAACCUGGCGUGCAGUCUACUAUAUGUCAAUUGGUGUCCAAUCACUCGUUCUUAUCGGCGCCUACCUGGUGCUUCCUGACUAUCCAUCCAAAAACCGUGAUAUGACUUACUUCCAAAUCCUAUUUUCGAUGGCCAAGUAUGCGGUGACGGAGCCACUUGUGAUACAGGUGGCCGUUAUAAAUAUUGCAUCCAGCGCCUGUUUUGCCAGUUUUUGGGUCACUCUCACCUUCCUUCUCGGAGGUCCACCCUAUUACUACUCCACUCUCAAAAUUGGUCUAUUUGGUCUCGUUGGCAUGCUAGGCGUGCUUGUUGUACCUUUCUCAGGACGUCUCAUUGACAAGUUGGUUCCUUGGUACGCAACUUUGACAGCCACUGGCUUGCUCCUGGUUUCCCAAGCCGUGCAGACUGCUGCAGGUGGGAUCAAUGUUGCAGCUGUCGUCAUCGCAUGCUUCGGGCUUGAUGUUGCGCGUCAGGCCCAGCAAGUGUCUAUGACCACUCGGGUCCUAAGCAUAUCUUCCGCCGCUCGUGCGCGUUUAAACGCCAUUCUCAUUCUAUCGUUGUUCAUCGGGCAGGUGAUGGGCACGUCUGUUGGCACCCACAUUUUCGUGCAACACGGAUGGAGAGCGUGUUCACUAUUAAUGCUGGCGCUCCAAGCCUUCUCAAUUGUAGUUUUAUUGCUGCGCGGUCCACAUUGUCCUCGGAAACGUUGGUUUGGCUAUGAAGGGGGACUCGAGGCACGCAAACGUGUUGUCUUGGAGAGGGAGAAAUCACGGAGUGGCGAGGGGGGAACAGUGGAACAUGAUCCAGAGGCGUAG